AUGGACAUACGAGUAGCAAGCAUCCUCCUCCUCAUGGUGGCCUCCACAGCAGCCCACGGGAAGGGCUACGUGGUGAAGAAGAUGGUGAAAGCCCCUCAGUACCAGCCCUACUCUGUGAAGAGCCACGGUAAGAGAACUCUGUAUUACUUUGACUGAAGACAACGCUCACGUCUCGAGGUUGUCCCCUUUACAUGUUCCUCAAAUUUCAAGUUUUCCUCCCAAAACACGAUAUUUAGCUUCACUUUCAGACAGUCAUGUCUUACCUUUGAAUAUUUGGCGUAAUAUUUACAAUUUUCAGGCUGGUAGAUUGACGACUUAGACAAAUGGCAGCUACAACUAGCUGCACCUUAGUUUGAAAAGACUCCACCUUGCGCAGGACCUGCCUCGUCCUCUGAUUGGCUACAGCAGUGGCACGGUUAUCCAAUCAUAUUUAGGCUUCUGAAUCAACGCUGUAAAUAACAAGGCAAAUUUACUCAGCGUGAAGCUUUACAGUUUUCUAUUUCUGCUUUUUUAUAAACUAUUCGCUGCAAUGGUUUGUUCUUUGUAGGCUUUAAUUUAGUCCUUAUUCAGUCAAAUUAGUUCCCUUAUUAUUCAAACAUUUAAGGACCUAAAUUUACCUUCUCUACUAGUACUAGUACCUCCCCUACUGUUCUUAAAAAUAAGUCUGUUUUUGCUGGUCUUUGGAAAGCUUGUUGAGAAUAUUAAAAUUCAAUAUUUAACAGUACAAUAUGCAGUAUUUUGUAAUAUCAAAGUUGUUUUUGAAGCAGCUAGUUGUCCAGUUUUUACAUGUUUUUGAUUUUUGUCAUUUUAGCAAAUGUGGCCAUGCUAUGUCUAUAAAAGUCCAUAUUUAGAUUCCUGCAAAAGCCUGUUUUACCUCUCCUUAAAAUACUUAUUACGGUGCGGUCUUGAGUGUGGCCUCUAAGAGUAUACAAAAUAUGAAAUGUUGCAUCUGUGUAAAUCACCAUUUUGCUAUUUUUAUUUAAGAAAGUAGCUGUUAGUGAAUUAUUUUUAGUUUGAAACUGACAAUUACAGUGCAGUCACCCAGCGGUGUGGUUUGUUUUGGGUGUGCCUGUUUCACUCAAAAGUAGAAACAUCUGGUUGGCUUUAUCCAAACUGGGCUGCCGUGAGCCUUUUACAUUUAAACACAUGUGACCACAUUAAGGCAGCAAACAAAAAAGGCUCCUUAUUUAGUUAUUUUCAAGUUACAAGAAGAGUCUUGAAGCUCUUUGGCCUGUAUGAUAGGAUAUAAAAACUGAGCAAAAAAGCUUUUGUUCAAUGUUUUAUUUAUAUUCAUAUGUUUUUUUUACAUUACAUUUAGGCCUCAAUAGUGUUAAAAUAGAUGCUCAAAAGAUGAAUGUCCAAUGAGAUCUUUUCUGCAUUUAUUUUAACUCUUAAAUUUAAAAAAAGGAUUUACACAAGGAUGAAAUUAAAGGGUGCUUGUGAAUCAAAACCAUGCAGUCAAACAUGACUAAGACAUGCGCCCCCUACAGAGAUUGAAUAUUACUGCAUUUGAACCAAUAGACUCAACUGGACAACACUAUGGGAGCAAUUGCUAAAUGCUGAGUUUAAUAAGACAUCCAUCAUUUUCAACACUCUGGUCAAACACUAAAAAGUACUGAUUACAAAAAAUGAAUAAAUAAAUAAAACAGGGAUCUUUAUUUUGGCCUGUGAGUUUUGACAUUGUUGGUUAGUGUCUUUUUAAACGUACACAUGUGGAGGCAGCCACAUCUCUGUUUCAAAAGAUUCAACUAGAGGUACCAGUUACACUUUAUCCUGUGUGUACAAAACACAAGGAGUCAUUUUGGUACAUCAUAGAAAUAAACUGUACAACCGUGCACCAUUACUGGUCAGCAUGUGAAAUACAUGACACAGUUUGUUCAUGGAGCACCUCCUUGUCAAUCCGUUUCCAUGACAACUUGAUUUUUCUGUGGUAUCUAUGUGUUUUGUUUUUGGGGGUCACUGAUGUCGGCUUCUCUCUUCACAGUUGUGUCAGUGGCAGGUGAGCCUGGUGCUCCAGGUGAGCCCGGCCCUGAGGGUCCCCCUGGCCCUCCUGGCCCUCAAGGUGAUAGUGCUGAAGGUGAACCUGGACCCCAAGGACCCCCUGGACCUCCCGGUGCUCCUGGCCGCUCCAUUGCUGGCAAACCUGGAGCUCCUGGUGGGCCUGGAAAACCUGGUAGCAAUGGAGCACCUGGUGAGAAGGGAGACACCGGAGCCACUGGCGCUCAGGGACCAAGGGGAGUCCCUGGAUCUCCUGGAAGCCCUGGACCUGCUGGCCUCUCCGCCACUGGCAAGCCUGGACCUUCAGGUCUGCCUGGAGCAAUGGGACCCAGAGGAGAGCCUGGUCUGAAAGGACAUCCAGGUAUCCCUGGACUGCCAGGUCCUAAAGGUGAUAGAGGGAUAGGAAUAACUGGACCUCAGGGUGAGACAGGACCUGAGGGACCAAUGGGCCCACCUGGAGCACCAGGUGAGGCUGGAGUUGGAAAGCCAGGUAAAUCAGGUAUGCCAGGUGAGCCAGGAAAGUCAGGUAGCCCAGGUAGAGAUGGGGCCACAGGUCCCACUGGACCAAUGGGACCAAAGGGUCAUACUGGUGCCCCAGGUGUAGGUCUUCCAGGUAAACCAGGAGAGAAUGGUGCCCCAGGUAUGCCCGGCCAAGUUGGCCCUAAAGGUCACAUGGGACCUGCUGGAGCCCCUGGUGCCCCUGGAGUCCCUGGAUAUGGAAAGCCAGGUGCAAAUGGAGAGAAGGGAGAUAGAGGAGCUACAGGUGCUACAGGAGCUACAGGUGCAAAGGGUGAGCAAGGCCCAACAGGAUAUACUGGUGCUACAGGUGCAACUGGCCCCACUGGCCCUAUUGGACCUCAGGGUCCAAGAGGUUUCACAGGUGAAUCUGGCCCUGUUGGCCCAAAAGGUGACACGGGUGCGUCUGGACCUCAGGGAGCAAAGGGAAACAAGGGAGAUCAGGGAGCACAGGGUUUCGCAGGCAAGCAGGGUUAUCCAGGUGCAGCCGGUCCUCCUGGACCCAGAGGCGCUACUGGACCUGCAGGUGACAAGGGUCAUGUAGGCCAACCUGGUACCCCAGGUGCCCCAGGUAUUCCAGGCCCUGCUGGGCCAAAGGGUCAUCCUGGCCGUGCUGGUGAGCCUGGUGCCUCUGGUUCUGAUGGUGCCCCAGGUCCUAGAGGCCCUUCUGGUCCUCAGGGUCCUGCUGGUGCUCCUGGUCUCAAGGGACACCCAGGUCUCCCUGGCCCUGCUGGCCCAGCUGGUUUGGCUGCUAAGGGUGUCCCAGGGCCUCAGGGUCCUCCUGGUCUGCCCGGUGAGGCUGGUGCUGAUGGAGAGGCUGGCCCAGCUGGUCCUCCUGGUCCCCCUGGUCCUCCUGGUGAGGUUGUGUUUGAGAAGGGUAAGGGUAUUGCAGAGGUUAUGGUCAAGUCUCCCAUGUCUGCUUUCACUGCAUCUCUUGCCACCCCCUACCCUGCUGCUGGCAGUCCCAUUAAGUUUGACCAGAUCGUAUACAAUGCUGAGAAUCACUAUGACCCUGAGUCCGGCAUCUUCACUUGCCAGGUUCCUGGAGUCUACUAUUUCUCCUACAGCAUCCAUGUUAAUGGAGCUCAUGCUCUGGUGGCUCUGUACAAGAAUGGCCAGCCUGUUAUGUUCACUUAUGAUGAGUACAACAAGGGCUUCCUGGACCAGAUGUCCGGAAGUGCUGUCCUCUUGCUCGAUGAGCAAGACACUGUCUACGUUCAGAUCCCCGAUGAUGAGGCCAAUGGUGUCUUUGCUGCUGAGAAUGUCCACUGCUCUUUCUCUGGGUUCCUCAUUGCUUCAACGUGA